AUGGCAAACCCUGCGCCUUUGGACGGAAAAGAAGAUGAGGUCAAAAGCCAUGUCUUGACCCAUUUGCCUGGCACUGUCUGCACGGAGUGUGGUGCAAAAGACUAUCCUCUGAACACGCUGUUCCCAGAUGUGAACCCUUUGGCAGUUGGGUUUCCUGACAUGGAACGCUACUUACCAUUAGUCCUGGCUCUCUAUGAUGUCUCCCCGAUGGGAGAAUAUACUGUUGGCUUCUUGGAAAAGAUCUUUGCCAACAUUGACCGUGAGUGUGAUUUCAAGCUCAGCAAAUGCCGGUAUCUUCGAGAUAGGGCAAAGUGGGCAAACACGGAAGCAUAUGCGCUCUUCGCCAUCCUUGCCUACAGUCGACGAUACUGGAGGAGAAGCAUGAAAAAAAGGACCGUCAAUGACAUUGCAGCACAACUGCAAGCUGUAAUGCAAAGGAGUCCAAAAAAGGCUCGUCACGUGGUCACUAAAGAUUCAGAAGCUCCCUGCCUCGUCGACAAGGGAUUGAACGAGAACGACGGAGGCAACCAGGUUCCUCCAGUGGAGAUCGAGGUGUGGGAAGUAUCUGAUGACGAUGGAGAAGAACACUCUCCGCCCUCUUCGAAUGGAGGACCGGAUGCUAAUGCACCAUCUCGUGUCAGCAACCAGGUGGCGAACCAUGAAUUGCCAGCGGAGAAGGAAACUGAGACUGAGACUGUAUGCUAUCAAACGUUCGCUGAUGACCAGGCUCGUCAACCCGUUGAAAUCGAACAAACCCAACGUGCUGGAAUCGACCAGGCAGUGCCCGACACUUUCUUGGAGGAAACCUUGUGCUACGCCAACUGCACAGUGGAAGAGUCUCAGGAGUAUGCGACCGCGCCUGGUUUGGAGACCUGUGACAGCUCUCAGGAGAUUUGCAUGAAGGUUCUCCAGAUCUUGCAACGGGAGAACUUCAAGAUUCGAGAGGGGGGUGAGCUCCAUUCGUUUAUGGAGAAGUACGAGAACACUCAAGCCAGUGCAGCGCUCGAGGAUCAGCCUACAAAGAUGUCCGCCCUUGUUGAAGAUGCUCAUCCUGGGGUCUUGGUGAGUGAUGCUGCCAGACCACUUCGACUUCGACGUUUGCGGCCUUUGGUUGAGACAAGCCAUGACGAGGACCAGUGCAAGCGUUCCCUGGCUGACCAAAUGGAGCUUGUGGCCAAAGAUGCUGGCGGCACGCGAUGGCUGGGGCAGAGCCAGGUCUUGGAGCGCUAUGGCAAAAGCCAAAGCUUGGAGGGCUUUGAACGCAUCGCACACCCUGAUGCUCCUGACAGCCGCGAGGCUGACCUAUACCAUGUCGAGGAAACUUCAAAGGACCAUGCAAGCAGGACCGCUCCUGAAGACAAUGCUGAGAACAAUUGGGAGGACUUGGUUCGAAAGGCCAAAGAAGCAGCACCCAUGCUGGCCCAACCCCAGGAGGAGGAAACGUGGAAGGACCUGGUUCGUCGGGUUGGGCCAAAGCACGCACUUUCAGUUCAAAUGGAACGAGAGGCCAUGGAGGUGUUGUCUUCACAGCCAGUGACGGCGGCUGCUGAGGGAGCUUCAAGUGGCACAAAAGAUGCCAAGAAGAUCAAGAAGUACCAAUUGCCUCCUCAACCUUCUUUCGUCGAUGACAUGAAGGCACUUGCUGAAGGUGAGGAGCCACCAGUCUAUGCUGAACAGGGCCGUGACAUUGGAAAAACUCGAGGCAGGAAGCCAAAGAGAGAUUCAGGCAAACGCAAGCCUGAGGAAGAAGAUGAACCUGUGGCACCCAAACGUGCCAAGAGGCGAACAAGGGCGGCUUCCCGUGCAAAAGCCGUGGAGAAAGGAAGUGGUGCAGCAUCCAGUUCGAGGAAGAGGGCAAAGCCUUCAGAUCGAGCCUCUGCAGAGUCUGGGGCGAAGCGACGCAGACCUGCGAAGCAGGCAGGCAACCAGGUGGACAAUGGCUCAUCAAUGAGCCCUACGGCUGCAAGUUCUGCAAGAUCUGCACGGAAUGGAUCGAGAGCUGCAAAGCUUCCACCAAGCCAACCUGCAGCAGCCGGUGAUGGAUCAUCGGAGCAGCUGCCGGUUCCCCAUGGACCACAGAGGAAGCCCCCCGACCAUGUGACAUCGAACCAUGUGUACAGCAGUGCCCAUUCAAAGCACCGCCACCUGGGGGCUGAGGCUGCCAGGGCUGCUGCCAAUGCAGCAACCCGUUUGUUUCGCGAGACCGGCUACGUCGAUGAUCUUUGUGGAGUGUUUCGAUCAAGUCCAAAGAUCAAAAAAGACGAUGCCCAACCUGAAUCUGUGAAGGCAAAGACCUGCAAAGCAGGGGAGCCAUGA